GCUGAAAGUCAACGUCGUUCAGUCUCUUUAGUACAGCCGUCGACUGCGGUGCUUUUUCUGUCUGUAUUCUGUGUUCUGUUUUGAUCAGUUCGUUUAUCGUUCUCUCCCUCGAAAAUGUCCCAACAAGGACCCGCCUUCGACUCGAAUGCGAUGACGCUGACGCGCUUCGUGUUGCAGGAGCAGCGGAAGUUCAAGCAGGCAACUGGAGAUCUGUCCCAGCUGCUCAACUGCAUACAGACGUCCAUUAAAGCGACUGCAUCGGCGGUGCGGAAGGCUGGCAUUGCCAAGUUGCAUGGCUUUGCGGGGGAUGUGAAUGUGCAGGGUGAGGAGGUCAAGAAAUUAGAUGUGCUGUCCAAUGAGCUGUUCAUCAAUAUGCUGAAAGCUUCGUACACCACUUGUAUGAUGGUCUCCGAAGAGAAUGAGCAGGUCAUUGAGGUGGAAACGGAGCGACAGGGUAAAUAUAUUGUGUGCUUCGAUCCUCUGGAUGGCUCGUCCAACAUUGAUUGUCUGGCAUCCAUUGGCUCCAUUUUUGCCAUCUACCGCAAAAAGAGUACGGGUGCGCCCACUGUCCAGGAUGCACUGCAGCCUGGUAACCAGCUGGUGGCCGCCGGCUAUGCACUCUACGGUUCCGCCACGGCUAUUGUGAUCGGCCUGGGCAGUGGCGUCAAUGGUUUCACCUAUGAUCCCGCCAUUGGUGAGUUCAUCCUUACCGAUCCCAACAUGCGUGUGCCCGACAAGGGCAAGAUCUAUUCCAUAAACGAGGGCUAUGCCAGCGACUGGGACGCCGGUGUCUACAACUACAUUGCCGCCAAGAAGGACCCCACCAAGGGCAAACCCUACGGCGCCCGCUAUGUUGGCUCCAUGGUUGCCGAUGUGCAUCGCACCAUAAAAUACGGCGGCAUUUUCAUCUACCCGGCCACCAAAUCGUCACCUAGUGGCAAACUCCGUCUCCUCUACGAGUGCAAUCCCAUGGCCUACCUCAUGAUCCAAGCCGGCGGUCUAGCCAGUAAUGGCAAGAUUAGCAUACUGGAUAUUGUACCUCAGAAGAUUCAUGAACGCAGUCCCAUCUUUCUCGGCUCCAAAGCCGAUGUCGAGGAGGCGCUCAGCUAUUUGAAGUGAUUUCUAAUUUUAUAAAUUCAAAAUAAAUGUUUUUUUAUGUA